AUGGUCUUUUGUAGCUGGCCUGUAGAAUGGCUUAAAGCUAGUUUUCCAUUGCAAUCACGCAAACAAUCUAUCAACAAGGUUAAGAACUUCGGAAUUCCACAUCUUGAUGGCAGGAUUAUGGGCUUUGCAGACUAUAAUGGUGAUCAGUACAGUGAUAUAUUUUUUUAUAAUGCUCCAAAAUCAACGAAAUCUAGUGGACAAAUAUGUGUCUUUCUAUGGAGUCCUAAAACAAAAGAAUUUAUUAAAGGGCCUUUUACAACCUUUAAUAAAACAGCAGUAAUGUUCAUUACUGAAGAUUGGAAUGGUGAUGGUUAUAUGGAUAUUUUGGUAGUGACUGAAAGAAAUGAUGGUACUAAAACAGGAUAUGGCUUCACUAUACUCGCCCAAUAUCCAGAGACAAAUCAACUAGUUGAUAUAUGGGAAUCUCCAGAAGAUAGUCUUUCUACUGUUCAGUUUUUAGCAGUUGAUAUUAAUCAUGAUGGACAUUUGGAUUUGUUAGGGGAAAGAAGUAUUUCUAAUAAUACUCCAUACGAAAGAUUUGUAUGGGUUAAUUUGGGUGAAAAUAAGCAUAAUAUAUCAUCGAAUAUUGCAUCUGUAUCUUUUGAGUUACUUCCAUGGGCCUUAUUAGGAGAGUGGGUUGAAAUGGAAGAUCCUAAAAUCAACUAUGCACAAAUAGCUUCUCGACACUCAUCAGCUUUUGUCGACAUGGAUGGGGAUUGCAGAGCUGAUAUAGUUCUGGAAGUAAACUACUCAAACGAAUCUAGUUCAAAAAGAGCACUGGAAAUAUGGCUCAAUCAAGUGCAUAAUGGUAUUGCAAAGUAUAGAGUACACAGACAAUUGGAAAGUGAUAACAGUAGUAACUAUUCUCCAAUUAUACUACCUUCGGGUUCGGGGCACAUUGCGUUUUCUGAUUUUAAUGGAGAUGGAUCAAUAGAUUUACUUAUUCCGGUGUGUAUUUAUGAUAAUAAAAAACAAUGCGUUUCUAAUAGCCGUAUAGUGUUUGUUCCUAACGUUCAAGAGGGCUCUAUAUGCUCCACUAAAGAUGAGUUCAAUUUCAAGGCUAAAGCACAACAUGAUGAAAUCCCAAAGUGUAGACUUUCAAAUAAAUUGUGUACUUCAUCACAAUUUAGUUUACAUAGCUUCACAAGUGAGGAUGAUAAUGCAAUUUUACAGGAUAUAAGUUCUGAGGAAAAAUCUACUAUACCUAGGUCUUUUUUGUCAUUUUGGUUUGGAAAUAACAAUAUAAAUUCAAGAAGUAAUGCAUUUUUCCAAGGUUUUACAGUAUCGGCUCUUUUUGAAACCAUAAAUUUAUCCAGUGAAAAUAUUCAUGAUGAUAAAAGGUCUAAAGGUCAAACAGAAAAUAAUCAUUUAUUACAGUCUAGUAUGGCAAGCCAUGUUGCAUCAUUUUUCUCAUUCUUUCCUACAAAGAAACAUUUUCAAGCUCUGGAGCUGCAGUGGGCAACUGAUGAAUUUAGUCCAACUGUGUUGAAUAUUGGGGAUCAAGAUCUAGAUGGCUACCCAGAUGUUUUAGCUAUAGUUGUUCUACCUAAUGGAUCUCGACAAGCGCGUGUUCUAAAGAAUUUGGCUGCAAAUGGCGAGAAAUCAAGAUAUAUUGCUCCUGCACAGAUGGGACCAGCUUUCCAAAAUAGUUCCAGCGAAAAUAAUGAUAAAAUCAAUCCACAUAUAAUUAUAAAUAGUUAUGUAAGUUCUGGAUACACUGGCAAAUUUUUAACAAUUUUAAACAAUAUCCACCAUUGGUUUUCUAGAGUUUUUAUAGAUUCAGAGAGAUUUAUAAAUAAGGGGUCUAUUUAUAGACAUUUUGAGCUACUUGAUAAUGAUGCUGCAACAAAUGACAUGGAUUUUGUUGAACAAGCUGCUUUUUUUGACUUCUACGAUGACGGACUUUUGGAUAUAAUAUAUAUCUCUUCACCUAAUGAACAUGGUAAACGAAAUGUCAAUUGUGCAAUCUCUCAAUCUGAUGGGUCUGCAUUAUUCAUGAAAAUUACUAUUUUAAGCUCAUCAAAUAUAUCACCUUAUUGCAGGGGGAAGUGCACUGGAAAUACUUCACAUGGACCAACUGUGAAAAUUACUAUUACUGACCUAAAUGGAAUUAAAACCCCAAGGACUGCAACUCAGUUUCCUCAAUCAACGAAUGGUGUUAUUCAGCAGCCAUAUUUGUUAUUCGGUUUGGGGAAAACUAAUAACUAUAUUGAGGAACUCUUUGUUGGGAUAACAGCUAUGAGCAAGGUUACUGAAUCAUCUAGAAAGGAGCCUUCAAGCUUAUUGAAGUUCGAUUUUUCUGGUGGUAGGGACACUGGUAAUUCAGAAUAUUCAAAUAUUUGGAUGGGUCUUAUACCAAACACACAUGUAAUAGCUCAACUAUAUCCAAUUAAUAAUCCACGAAACUGGUCCUUAGUACUUUCUGUAAGCCCUACAAAGACCUUCACUAGAAUUAUAACUGUUACAGUACUUGCACUAGUAAUUAUUGGUAUAAUCAUUGGGAUACUUGAUAGAAAAGAAAAAGUUGAGGAUAUGAAAGAACACCAGGGAUUUAAGAAUCAUUUUAUAUCUGCGUAA